ACCUGUGGUUUGCUUUACAGCUUUGCCCUCUGGUGGUUUCUUAAAAUAGUGGACAGAAUUAAAACAGCAGUUGCUGUAUCAGUUUAUCUUAAUUUCUAAGCAGAAUUUUCUUUUUGACAAGCCUAGUGAUGGAUGUUGAUAAAUUGUAAUUACAUGAAUACCUAACUUUUACUAAUUUUUUUACAUACAGUACUUACAACAUAAGAACAAUCAAAGAAUAUAUUUUUUUAAUUUUAAACAUGAAGAGUGAAUAGGACCGCAACACACUGACUUUAGCUCCAGGGGAACAGACACAUCAACAAAAUGGAAUCAAACGUGACAAAGACCGCAAUGUUAUUGAGCAAUGUCAGUACAAAAUCUUUUGAUAAUGCGACUCUUGAAAUGAUUACCAGCCCGAUUAUGACUAUUGCCGUUCCAGUGAUUUACUUGGCUGUUGUCAUUUUCAGUGUACCUCUUAAUACAGUCUCAUUCUGGAUACUUCUUUUUCAUACCAAAAAGAAGAGCCCCACCAUAAUAUUUACCAUAAAUCUUUCUUUGACUGACUUUUUGUACAGCUUGUCACUUCCCUUUCAAAUUGUGUACCAUUUGAGUGGCAACAAUUGGCCUUUUGGAGAUUAUGUGUGUAGGAUUUCUACUGUAGCUUUUUACGGGAAUAUGCAUUGUUCAAUUUUGACCACAUGUGCUAUUAGUUUGGAUCGCUACUGGGGAAUUGUAAAACCCCUUCACACAAGACACUGGAGAACAGUAAGAUCUGCAGUGAUUGCUUGUAUUUUUAUGUGGGCACUUGUGCUCCUGAUGAACUCAUUAAUGAUAACCAGUUGCCUCACUGUAAAUGUUGAGCAACUGGGAGUUGUGACAUGCUUUGACAUUAUUCCAAAAACGAUGUUUUCCCCUCCAAUCUAUGGCUAUUUGUACUUUUCAGCACAUCUGCUGUUCUUCUUCAUCAUUCCUUUAAUCAUUUUUGUUAUAUGCUACUCUGUUAUUUUAAAAACGUUAAAGAAUUCACCAAACACUGAGAUACCAGACUCUAAAAGGCAAACUAUUAACCUCAUAACAGUUAUUUUGCUUUGCUUUUCUGUCUGUUAUGUACCACACAUUAUUUUACAAAUAAUUCACACGGUACUUAGGAGCCAAAAGAAGAGCCUAUAUGUAUAUUACAAACUAUCCCUUGGUCUUAACAGCUUGAAUUGCUGUUUUGAUCCUUUUAUAUAUUACUUUGCUUCGAAGGAUUUUAGACACAAGCUUCAAAGUAAAAUCUGUGGUUGCUCUUUCAUGAGAUUUGAUGAGUCAAGCACAUCAAAAGUGUCAGAAAUGGCCCACCUCAAAGUUCAACAGUCUUGAUCAAAAUCCCAGGACAGACUGAUGGCAGUCCAGCAGCUCCAUUGUGACAGCAAAUUGUCUCCAUUGAAGAUGAUGUUUGAGAUAAGAUGGAGACAAUUCGUCAUUUCACUUGUGUUUUACAUUUCGCACUAUUGUACUUUGACUGUUACAAAGCUAACAUCUCAGCAAAUGGACAAGUUAAAUGACAAUGAAAGUGAAAUCUCAUGCAGCAAAAAUGUAAAACAUUUUACAAGAAGCCUAUUGUUUGUUCAAAAACUGCUACUGUCUUUCAGGAAAAAAGCACUUGUGGUCAGUGAAUCCCUGUACCCUAUAGAGAACUCAAGGAUUUGGAAUAAAUCAUUGUUCCUUGUUUGUAUAGUUCAGCUCCUAAUUUUCAUAAAGAUUUAUUUGAAAAUGUACUUUUAAAUUUUUCAAUGCGGGAUUACCCCUUUUCUUAACUUCCAAGCAAAAUAUGUUUAAGAACUUUAAAAUGUUGUUUGUUUUUUUAAAAGAGUCCAUGUAAUCAACUCCCAAAGAGUGGAAAUGUUUGCCUUCUAUUGUAAAACAAUCCACUUCAUGGAAUGCUUAAUAAAUAUACUAUAAAAAAAUGUUAUUAAUAA